AUGUGGCCCAAUCUUCAGCAGGACAGAUGCCUACCAAGGCCUACAGAGUUCCUUUCCUAUGAAAAUCCUUUGGGUUACAGCUUAGCAGCCAUUUCCAUGUUGUCCUCCAUGAUCCCUCUUGUAAUUUUGGGAAUUUUUAUUCAUUAUAAAAAUACACCAAUUGUAAAAGCCAACAACUAUUCUCUUAGUUAUUUUCUCCUGCUUUCCCUGUUCCUCUGUUUCCUUUGCUCUUUAGGGUUCAUUGGUUACCAACAACCUGAAAAGUGCCUUCUGCGCCAGGUGGCAUUUGGGUUGGUUUUUGCCCUCUGCAUCUCCUGUGUUCUGGCCAAAACCAUCACUGUUGUCAUUGCCUUUAAUGCAACCAAACCCGGCAGCAGGUUAAGAAAGUGGACAGGGGUUAAGGUCUCCUACUGUGUCAUUAUGCUUUGUGCCUUGAUUCAGAUGAUUGACUGUGUGCUUUGGCUGAUCUUCUCUCCUCCCUUCCAUGAACUUGACACUGACACACAACCUGGUGUGAUCAUAGCUAAUUGCAAUGAAGGGUCACCCACUGCUUUCUGGUGCAUGAUGGGAUACCUUGGACUCUUGGCCUCCAUCAGUUUCAUUGUUGCUUUCCUGGCCAGACGCCUCCCUGACAGUUUCAAUGAAGCCAAAUUGAUCACAUUCAGUAUGUUGGCUUUCCUCAGUGUGUGGGUGUCCUUUAUCCCAGCCUAUCUCAGUGCCCGGGGCAUGUAUACUGUGGCAAUGGAGGUCUUUGCCAUCCUGUCUUCCAGUUGGGCUGUGGUGGGCUGUAUCUUUGUGCCAAAAUGUUACAUUAUAUUGUUUAGACCCAACCUGAACUCUAGAGAGCAUCUUAUAGGAAAAAGGACAGCCUAA